UGCAGAUACUCUUCGUUUUAAACUAUGGAUUCUCUAAUUUUGGUUAUCAUAGUUGCUGCGCUAUCAGUACAGUUUUGUACAGCACAGAGUCCACAAGACGUCUGCAAAGGUGUCUCAAAUAAUAAUUUCGUGGCGAAUCCCGAAGAUUGCAGCAGUUUCUAUAUAUGUGUUGACGAAAUAGGCCGGGUCGAAAACUGUCCCGCAGGGACUAAAUUCGAUUAUUUGAAAGGAUACUGCAGCUUCGAUGAUGAGGUGGCCUGUAAAAAAAUGGAAGAAGUCACGGAAACAACAGUUGCGGAUUCUUCUGAAAUGGCACCUAUAACGACCACCACCGAAAGAUUAACUACCGCAGUGAGCACAUCAGUUCCAACAACAGUCACCACUUCUAAACAAACGACAGAAUUGACCGAAUCAACUGAAGCAACCGAAACCACCACCAUUGCAUCAAACAGCAAUGCGAAAGAGUUCUGUAAAACGGCAGAUCCAAACGUUUUGAACUUUCUGCCGAGCACGACAAAUUGUGAACAAUACUUCAUCUGCAUGAACGGGGAACCAUUUCAGUUACAGUGUGCUUCUGGAAGUCAUUGGAAUGAUCAAAGGCAGUUCUGUGAUGACCCAAAAAUGGCUAAUUGUCAGGUGAAUCCUCCGAAUGUCGAUGAUCUUGAAUGUCCAUCACGAGGCAGCGCUUUCUUUCCGCAUCCGAAAAUUUGUGAAUUUUACUUCUCUUGUGACCAGGGUAAAAUGACUCUGCAAAGAUGUCCCUUCUACUAUCAAUGGGAUACAAGCAAGGAAACAUGCGUCAUGAAACACCUAGCCAGAUGCGACAAGGCAACAAUAUCUCAGUAUAGGUGGACCUGAACAUAGAUAUAUUAGUAAUACGAAACAAAAUUCAGCAACUGAACGCUGCACUGAAACACUCUCAGAAUAUUUUUGGAACGAUCUUUAAUGUUACUGUUAAGUAAGAUGUGACAAUAGGUCUAGCCUUCAAUUUGUCGUUUUUAGUAAAGAAUUGAGGUGUGUGGUGAUUAAUAUGGGUCCGCUGAAGAUGACUAAUAGUUGAAGAUGACGUUUUAUUAUCUUGUAAAAUUUGUUAUCUUUUAAUUGUUUUUGUUUCAAUCAAUGUAUUUAUUUCCGUUGUAAUAU